ACUUCCGCUUCCGAGAAGCAAAGGUCGAGUCACUUCCGGGAGUUCCGCGUGGAGCCGAGCUGCCUGACUCCUUUCAGCAUGGCUGUGUUAGCUGGCCCAGCGGAGCCAGUUCUGUCGCUGAAUCCACAGGAAGACGCGCAGUUUCGGAAGGAGGUGGCGCAGAUCCGCCGGCGUGCGGCCAAGCCAAAAAAGGAAGAAAAACUUAAUCCUGGAGUGAUCUAUGUGGGCCACCUUCCUCCGGUGCUUUUAGAAACCCAGAUCUAUGACUAUUUCUCCCAGUUUGGUGCUAUUAAAAGAUUCAGAUUGUCCAGAAGCAAACGGACUGGAAACAGCAGGGGCUACGCCUUUUUGGAGUUUGAGUCUGAGGAUGUCGCCAAGAUAGUUGCUGAAACAAUGAACAACUACCUCUUUGGUGAAAGACUUCUAGUGUGUCAUUUUAUGCCACCCGAAAAAGUCCAUGAAGAACUUUUUAAGGAGUGGAACGUUCCAUUUCAUCAGCCAUCAUUUCCAGCAGUAAAACGGUAUAAUCAGAAUCGGAAAUUUCUGCAAAGGUUGCGGAUGGAAGAGCGAUUUAAGAAGAAAGAAAAAUUACUGAGAAAGAGAUUAGCUGAGAAGGGAAUAGAUUAUAGUUUUCCUUCAUUGGUUUUACCUAAACCCAAAAAAGAGAUUCCAAGCAUAGCUAAGGAGAAAGAAGUUUCGAAAGGUACUGCUAACACACCUGAACAGUCUGUGGAUAACCAGGUUUUACCUAACCCAAAAACAGAGGUUUCAGGCGUACCUAAGAAAAAGAAGAGGAAGGGAGUUUCAAGGGCCACUGCUAACACACCUGAAAAGUCUGUGGAUAGUCAGGGCCCUACACCAGUUUGUACACCAACAUUUUUGGAGAAACGGAAAUCAGACAUGACUGAAGCAAAUUAUGAUAAAGAUGAUGAGAUCAUUUUUAGGCAGCCUGUGUCCACAGUCAAAGAAGAAAGGCAAGAGAUGCUGACACCUGCACGCUCUGGGAAGAAAAGACGGAGGAAAAGGAAAAGCAGCCAGUGAUCCUAAACAUAUUUGUAUAGCAUAUUUUCUGGGAAAAUGUGACAUUUUAAGGAAGGGCCAACUAUAUUUUACUAGGUACAGUGAGAUGCAAGCACUGAUGAGACUUUGGGAAGAAAAGCUUUCUGUUUAUUCAUUCAUGACAGUGAGGAAGGCCAUCAGUAACUAAACUGGCCUAUCUUUAAAUACAGGGGUAUACUCCAGCCUGCAGAGGUGAGGUUUGCUCUGCCCUUGUCCUGGUCUCCCCUGGUUUUCUGUUCAGGUUCCAUAGCUCCCCUAUAUGAAAAGGAUCACCAUGAACUGCAGGCCUAAAUGUCAAGCUGCAGCCUUUUGGCACUACUAGUGCUAUUUAACUGUGUAGUGAUUAUGCACACAAAGCCCACAAGGUAAGGAUGUGUGAGGCUUCAGCCUCAGAUACAGGGAGUGAGAAGGCUGUGCAAGUGUUAAUAUGAAUGUGUUGAUGCAUUCAAGUGAUUAUACAAAUUCACACAUAAUAAAUACUGUGUUAAUUUUAGGUGGGCUAGCAUGAUUUUAUGGGUCCGGUUUUGAAUCAAUACAAAAUUCAAGAUUUGGUGAUAAACUUUCCUACCAUUUAUUUGUAUACAAGUAGAACCUGGGACCCUUGGGCCAAAACUAAGAAAUUUCUUCACCUGUUUGUGUUUUUUUGUUUGUUUUGUUUUGGUCUUUUUUUAAGACCAGGUCUCCCUGGAGCCCCAGCUGGCCUGGAACUCGGCAUGUAGACCAGGCUGGCCUUGAACUCACAGAGAUCCGCCUGACUCUGCUUUCCUAGUGCUGGGACUAAAGGUGUGCGCCACCAUGCCCAGCUGUCAGCUGUUUUUGUUGUUUUUAAAUUUCUAGUGUCCUUGAAAUCUUUCUGUUACUAAUCCAGAUUUAUUAAAAUACCUCAUCGCCAUUAAGCUUUUUUACAUCCAGUUUCAGGGUGUGAGUAUAUGUGCAUAUGCAGAAGCCAGAAGAGGAGGAGGACAUCAGUAUCCUGCUUUAUCACACUCCUUAUUCUCGAACCUAGAGCUAGGCUUACAGCCGCAUAAUACUUUUUUUUUUUUGGUCUUUUUGAGACAAGGUCUCCCUGUAACCCCAACUGACCUAGAAUUCACUAUGUAGAACAGGCUGGCCUAGAACUCCAAAGAUCUACCUGCCUCUUGCUUCCUGAGUGCUGGGAUUAAAGGCAUGUGCCACCAUGCCCAGCUACAUAUAUUCUAAAUUGUUUUUUUGUAAUGUGAUAAGAUGCUGUUGCAAAAUGCAAAGUGGGACUAGAGCAGCCUUUAAGAGCACUGGCUGCUCUUUCAGAGGAGCCAAGUUUGAUCCCCGGGCCCAUGGUAGCUAACAACCACCUGUAACUCCAGUUCCAGGAGAAUCCAGCCCCUUCUGACAUCUUCAGACAAUAUAUGACAUGGGUGUGCUUACACAUGCAGGCAGUACAUGCAUACACAAAAAAUAAUAAAAUAUUUUUAAAUGCAAAACAGUUGGUCUAAGGAUAUACAAAGAGCAGAUUAGACUUGAAAUAGUUCCAGAUCUGUAGUUCUGUUUGGUGAAUGAACAGGUGGGUAACAACUGCCUCCUUUUGAACUGGAUAUGAUUAUUUUCCUGGGAAAGCAUCAGCUAAGCUGCAUCCAUACAAAACUCCCUUUUCAUGGUCCUGAGGGCAAAUGCACUCAUUCAGACAUAGGUGAUUCUUUGUCCCUCCUUAAGAGCAUGCCACUCACCCACCCCUUACUUAUGUGCCAUUUUGAGCACUUAAUCUGUAUGAUGUUUUACUGUGUGUAUGCAUGGAAGUCAAAUGACAACUUUGCAGUCAGUUCUAACCUUUAUGUGGAUCCCAGGACUGGACCUCAAGUCAGCAGGCUUGCACAGCAAGUUUUUACUUUCUGAGCUGUCUUGCUAACCCUGGACAUUUCUAUUAUAAGUAAUUUGCGUGAUUACAAAAAAUAUUUUUCAGUGGGGUAGAUUCAGUUUUUUGCCUUUUAUGUAAGAAAGUCUGGAGGGAAUCCCUUCAGCCAAUAAAAUGUUGAAGGUGUGCAGUAAUAUGCCAAUAAGGGGAGAAUACAACUCAAAAGUUGGAAUUAGCUUGACCACAACUCUGUAAUAAAUUGUAUUUUUAUGGAAA